AUGAGUACUAAAUCAAUAGGAAAUUACAUCCUAGGUAAAACCAUUGGAGAAGGAACUUUUGGAUAAGUCAGAUUGGGUCAACAUACUAUUACAAACGAAACAGUAGCCAUAAAAAUAUUAGAGAAGGAUAAAAUGAAAGAAAACACAGAUUAUGAAAGAAUUUCAAGGGAGAUUAAUUGUCUUAAGAAACUGCGUCACCCCAAUAUAAUAUAGAUCUAUGAAGUAAAGAUCACAAUUAUUUGAAGAUAGUUUAAACUGUAAAUUCUAUAUAUAUGAUUAUGGAAUAUGCACCUGGUGGAGAAUUGUUUGAAGUUAUAAUUAGGAACUAAAGAUUAAAUGAAAAAGAGGCAGCAGAGUAUUUGAUGUAAAUACUUUCUGGAGUUUAAUAUAUGCAUGAUAAUUAUGUAAUGCAUAGGUAACCAUAUUUAUAUAUAUUAGAGAUCUCAAACCUGAGAAUUUGCUAUUAGAUGAAAAUAACAAGAUCAAAAUUGUAGAUUUCGGUCUCUCAAAUCAAUUUAAAGAUGGUCAAUUACUCAAAACUGCUUGUGGUAGUCCUUGUUAUGCUGCUCCUGAAAUGAUUGCAGGAAAAGAGUAUGAUCCCAAAUCUGCAGACACUUGGAGUUGUGGUGUCAUUCUAUAUGCUAUGGUUAAUGGAUACCUACCUUUUGAAGAUAGUAAUACAGCCUAAUUGUAUAAAAAAAUCAUCUAUGGAGAAUAUGCUCCUCCAAAAUACAUGAGUCCUUUAUGUAAGGAUCUCCUUGAAAAAAUAUUAUAAGUAGAUCCUCUCAAAAGAUAUAAUAUAUAAUAAAUAGUAAAACAUUAUUGGAUUCAAACCUGUAUUACUAAUCCUAUAUUAACUCCAGGAUAUGGUGAAAUUAAUAUAUGUAAUGAAGUUUUAUAGUAAUUGGCAACAUAUAAUUUUAAAUUACCAUAAGCUUAUGACUAUUUAAAAGCUAACAAACAUGAUCCAGUUACCACUACUUACUAUUUAUUGUUAAAUAAAUAUUUAAGAGAAAAACAGUAGGAUCAAGAGGAGGCAUUUUAAUAUAAAUUAAUAUAAAUUCCUCCUCCAUAACAUCCAUAAGAAGCCAUUCUAAAAGAGACUUCAAACAUUCAAUCUUAGAGAAUUAGUCAAGUUGAUACUAAAGAAAAUAAAACUCCUUAAAGGAAUACUUAGGAAUAGAAAUCUACUAAUUCUAUAAAAACAUUUAAUAUACAAAAUUCUUAAUAAGAAAGAAUUUCAUAAAUACCAGAAACAUAAAAUCCAAAUGAAGUUGAGGAAAUCAAUGAAAAUUUUCAUGAAAUCUAGAAUUUAAUUAAUCUAUCAUAAAUAAAUCCAAUACAACAUAAUCAAUUUCAAAGUAAUCAAGAUGAUCAACCUUAAGAUAAUGAUAUAACUACAAACAAUUAGUUAAAUGUAUCUGCUUAGAUUCCCUUUCCAGAUAGACCAUCCAUUCAAACAUCAUUAAAUAAUACUCCAAUCUAUCAAUCAUAAUUUAAUUAUAAUCAUUAUGAUUGUAGUUCUCGAGUUAGGUAGGUUUCAUUAAGCAUUGAAAAAAAACCUGAAACAUUAUUUCCUACUGUUGAAUAAAUCAAACUUAAAGCAUUGUAAUUUAAACAAAGAGCCCUUGAAAAUGUAGAUCGUUCACCAGCGCCAUAAAAACCUAGAACUUUGAAAACUCCUUAAAGAUCUACUGUUUAUAGAGCUCCUAAUUUUAAUAAUUAGCAUUCAUAUGAGAGACCAUAAAGUCCUUUGAUUGUAAUAAGGUAACAUGAAGGACCAUAUCAUCUUAAUUAACUAAUUUUUGUAGAUCCAUAAAAAAUAACUUAAAAAAUUAUAUCUCAUCUAUAAUAAUAAAAUUAUGAUGUAAAAAGGAGCAAAUUUGAAUUAAAGAUAAGUAAAUGUGAUUUUGUAAUGACUUUUGCAAUAGCACUUUUAUGUGAUUCUGUAUAUGUUAUGAAAUGUUAAAAAAUACAAGGAGAUUCAGAAGAAUAUGAAAAAAUUUAUAAAUAAAUAAUUAAGUUGAGAUGA